AUGCGUUUCAUCCUGCCCUUCGUCACCCUCGCGCUGUCCCUUACGGCCGUCAGCGCCGUCCCCAUCGCCGACCGCCGGGCCGAGCUGAGCCUCGUCGCGCGCGCGGAGGACGCGCUCGUCCAGUCCCUGAUGCCCGAGAUCGAGAAGAUCAUCGAGGCGGAGCUGACCUCCCUCGUCCAAGACGACGACGACGACAGCGACCUAGAACGCCGCGGGGGCGUGCCGGCCAACAUCGGCGGCGCGCUCCGCAACGUCGCGUCCAGCGUCGGCUCGCGCCUGCGCACCGGGCUCGCCGCCAAGCUCCGCCGCCCGACCACCGCCAAGGCCACGGGCCGCACCCGCGCACGUGACGUCUCCGACGAGCACGACCACGACGAGGACGACGAGGACGACGACGAGUUCUUCGACUUUGCCGACGACGACGACGAGGACAGCGACCUCGCGCGCCGCGGCGGCGUCCCGGCCAACAUCGGGGGCGCGCUGCGCAACGUCGCGUCCAGCGUGGGCCAGCGCCUGCGCACCGGGCUCGCGGCGAAGCUCCGCCGCCCCGGGACCGCGAAGGCCACGGGCCGCGUGACCGGCACGAGCCGCGUCGCCGCACGUGACUUUGAUGACGAGGAGCACGACCACGACGAGGAGGUCGACUUUGACGACGAGGAGCUCGAGCGCCGCGGGGGCGUGCCCGCGAACAUCGGCGGUGCGCUGCGCAACGUCGCGUCCAGCAUCGCGGCCAAGCUCAAGGCGGGCAUCACCAACAGGCUCCGCGGCGGCGCGCGCACCGGCACCGGCACCGCGGGCCGCACGGGCGCUGCCACCACCGGCCGUACGCGCGUCUGA